AUGGGUGAGUGUUCGUUGGCUGUGGGGCGCCUCCUGUUGUGGUCACUGUGUGCUUUCCCAAUGAAGUCCCGAGUCUUGGUUGCGGCUACUUGGGGUCUAAUCACUCACAGACUGGGUCAACUUCCUAGCAACGAUCUUGGUGAAAAUUCCAAUGCCGUCUCCCUUCAUUACGCUGUAAAUACUGCUAAUCGCCUAAUUGAAACCUACAAGGAUACAGUCGGUGCACCUGGAAUCUCUGUCUGUGUUUCUGUUGGUGGAACCACAAUUUAUUCCAGAGGUUUCGGAUUCGCCGAUGUGGAACAAGGCGUCAAAAUAACUCCACAAACUAAAUUUAGGAUAGCAAGCAUAAGCAAGUCAUUUACGUCUCUACUUGUCGGUCGUAUGCUUGAUCAGGGUCGGCUUGACCUCGAUGCAGACAUAACGACCUAUCUGCCCGACUUUUCCCCAAAAACAAAGGAAGGCAAAUCUGCUCCAAUAUCAAUGCGCCAUCUGCUGAGUCAUACAAGUGGUAUCCGUCACUACUCAAAAUCGAAAGAGGAGGAGGAAGAUGAGUACGCAGAAGAGAUGCUCAGUACAAAGGCAUACGACUCAGCUCAGGACUCUUUGGCCAUAUUUCGAGAUGACGCACUACUGCAUCUGCCUGGUGAGGACUAUGUCUACAGCACUCACGGUUUCACGGUUGUGGCUGCGGUGUUGGAGGCCAUUAUGAGCAAAAAGCAGCCAUUGUGCCCUCUGUUUGAGCGACCAGACCGUCUCAAAGCGCCUGCUAUGGGUGAUAACAAAAAAUUGCCUGAUGAGGCCAAAUCAUCCUCAAUGUUCAAACAACUAUUUGCCUUCCUCGGUCUUCAAAACACUUGUCUGGAUGAACCUUACAAGAUAGUUCCCUUCCGUGCAAGGCCGUACCGACGCGUGAAAACUAACGGUGGUCUAGCGAACACACCAUGGGUCGACAAUUCGUGCAAGUGGUCGGGCGGUGGGCUACUUUCUACGGCUCCCGACCUUGUGCAAAUGGCCAACCACCUAAUAGAUAUAUACAUGGGACGAUUUCAAGCCAUGGAGGAGCUCGCCGUUGUCUCCCGCGACACCCUCGUCAACUGCCUCUGGCGUCCUAACCGUGGAACAAUUCAGGGACAUUGGCUCCCCGGUGGCCUCUACGGUCUCGGUUGGUUUGUUGCUCGACGUUCAACCACUCCGGCUGAUAAGACAAACCUCCCUACUCACCCCGAUCGUCUCUACGUGGGCCACACGGGAGGAGCCGUCGGUUUCACUUCCAUCCUCUUCAUGAGUCUCCCAAUCGUCAUGACAUCAAAUCGGGAAGACGCCGCUGCCACCUGCUCAGUCUCUCAUCUGCCCUCAAUUUGUGUAGCCAUUCUCGUGAAUUUGGAGAGAGCGAGGGGAAUCGGUGAGCUUGCCAUUCGCUUGACGGAGGCAUUCACCGCGGCCCUUCUUGCUCCUCAAGUCGGAUCGUGGGCGUCAAUGGCAAUUAACGAGGCGCCCGUCCCGGUGGCAUCGCCGGCAGCUGCUGCAAUGGGAGAUGUAAAUCUCGCGAAUAUGGAUGUUGAAUUGCGGAAGAAAUUGGCUGAGUUAGAAAAAGAAUUAGUUGAAGGUGACAUAACUGAAAAGGGGUACCAAAAGAAGAAGGCCAAAAUUCUUGAACAAUUUCGUGUCCAUUACUACGAAAAUACACGGGAUUCGGGCUUCGUACACACCUCAAACCCUCACCUGCCCCCAGCCGGCAGUCGACCCGACUCCCCUGUCGCUGACCCCGCCACUCCCGCCCUUCUGCGCCGUUCAUCCCACCACCGAUACGCGCGUGAUGAAGUUCGCUACCGAUCGGAAAUUCGCGAAGAAGCAGUUAAGGAAGCCCUUCAAAAGGAGCCCCUCAUCUGCCUAGAGUCCCUCCGUCCAAGCAAACGGCGUCAGCAAAACACUUGCAUCCCCGAGCCUGGUCCCUCUCACGCUCGAAGCGAAAGUGAAUCGGAAGCAAGUUUGGACACAUCCUCCCAACGAUGCCCUCAAGCUUUAAAUCCUCUUUCCCACCAGUUUUUGGAGAACGCCGAUGUCUUUCACAAAAUGUCCGACCCCACGCCCGUCACGAAGUUGUCAAAUCUGCGGAUUGCAGACGGCACAACGCCCACCGCCACCACCUCCGCUACUGCUAUCUCCGCUUCGGCUACUCGUCCUCUGCCUCCCCCUGUGGGUCUACACGCGCAACAGCAACACCCCUUCACUGGAGCUGAAAAUAUCCUCCCUUCAAUCUCUCGCGCAAGUUCUAGUCAGACCUCCCCACAGCUCCCAAACUCCGGUGGAGGCGGAAGUGGCGACAGUAGGCUCCUCCGGCCAUCUCUCACCUCUUCAGUUUUGGAGGUCAUUCCCAACCCCCAAUCGAUGUAUCAGAGCGGUCUGGUGUGUCCCUCUCGGGUGUCUGAGAAGAUUCAACAACUCGUAAACACACUCAAACGACCCAAACGCCGUCCUCUACCAGAGUACUUUAUUGACGAGGACGACCAAAUCCUCGUUCAACCUGUUGUCGAUCCCAACGCUCCGAAACCACUGGGUGCGAUCACUGAACCUCUCAUCGGUGAAAAGCUCAUUGUUCCCCCAGGUCUUCCAAGGAACAUUGAGUCAGCUCUGCAGCGGUAUGCUAGUGUGAUUGGCAAGACACCUGCUCUCACGUGUCUUGAGCCUUCGGGACGUUCUACGCAGGUCCUCUCCUAUGCCAAGCUGCUGCAGCGCUCCAACCGCAUAGCCUUCCUCCUGCUAAAUAAACUCGGUCAUCGGGGUGGACAGAGCCUGAAACCUCGGGACCGGGUGGCGCUGGUCUACAGUUCCAACGAUCCCAUCUCCUACCUCGUCGCCUUCUAUGGCUGCCUUCUUGCUAGUGUCAUUCCCAUUGCCAUUGAAGUGCCCGGCGCCAAGAGGGUAGGUCUUCUCCCCUCUUCCUGGUUUUUGUCUGUGGCUACCGGAGUUACCUGUGGUGACAAUGCUUAUCACCCUGGAGGGAAUGUCACCCAUUUUAUGGGAUCGGCGAACUGUAUUGAAAGGUUUGAUUUGCCGAAGUUUGGACGAACAGGCAGAUCUCGUAGUAAGGACAGCUCGUGCCAGAACAUGGGCUUUCUACUGAGCAGUUUGGAUGCUCGCGUGGUGCUGACUAACGACCAAGUCUACAAGUCCCUGUCUCGAACUUCAGCAGGGGAUAUCGCCCCCCUACCUGGCUGGCCACAGCACCUCGCGUGGAUUAAUACCGAUCACCAUGGUGGCAGCGGUGGUGGCAAUACCAAGAAGGCGCCCAAGGACUGGAGCCUUCCAGAACGCCUUCCACCCGAGGAGACCAUUUACAUUGAGUACACCUAUGCAAAGGAUGGAAGCGUUCGAGGGGUGAUGGUGAGUCGAAAAGCGGCUCUGGCGCACUGUCGGGCACUUACAGCGGCCUGCCAUUACUCUGAGGGUGACGUAAUGGUCUGCGUAGUGGACUGUCGUCGGGAGGCCGGUCUAUGGCACGCUGCUCUAUCUAGUGUUUUCAACGGGAUGCAUGUCGUGUUCGUACCUUUUAACGUCCUUCAAAUGGACCCGGGUUCUUGGAUUCGCAUGGCUACCAAGUAUCGCGCCUCCGUCGCAAUUGUUAAAAGUCGCGAUCUUCACUGGGCUUUACUGGCGGAACGUGAGCAUCCCUACUGCAAUCUCUCGUCUCUUCGUGCUCUACUUGUCACUGAUGGUCAUAACCCCUGGUCUCUCAAUUCUUGCGACCUCUUUGCGGCAAAAUUCAAGUCUCGAGGUCUCAAUCCCAACGCCAUCUGUCCCAUUGCGGGUAGCUCGGAGACUCUCACUCUGGCAUUGCGCCGACCCAUCCUACCAAGCAGCGCGACAGCGCCUAACACCGGCGUCCUUCCACCCACUAGUAACGCCAGUCCACAGCACACGCUUCUCAGCGGUAGUCCCGCUGCGGCCGCCGCCCGUGGAAUCAUCUCUAUUCACGCACUGAGCUACGGUGUCAUCCGGGUGGACUCAGAAGACUCCUUUACAUCACUUACUCUCCAGGACUGCGGUCAGGUUCUUCCUGGAGCGGCAAUGGUGGUGGUGAGUCUGGGCCCCAAACCUACCAUAUGUCGAACAGACGAGGUGGGUGAGCUUUGCAUCGCAGCGGACUACGUUGGAACGGGCUACUGGGGUCUGCGUGGCCAGACGGGCUCACAUUUCUGUGUCCAACCUGUUCAUGAGGAUGGUCGACCAGUGGUGGUAAAUAUCAACGCUAGUGUAACUGCCACGGCUGGGGCACUGCAUGUACCUACUACCGCUUGUGUUGGGGGCAUUACCACCACGACCUCAAAAUUUGUUCGCUCUGGUCUUAUCGGCUUCCCAGGACCUGCCUCAUCGCCCUCCGACCUUUUACUAAUGCGACUUCAAAUCUUGAGUGUGGUGAUGUCGAUGCCGACUUCAACGCCGGCACAAGGCUCUCAUCAUCAACUCAAUUAUCAGACGGCCAUUAGCCGUAUUAAUGGCAAAGCAGCAGUGGCCUGGGGCGGUCUCAUAUUCAUCUGCGGCUCCAUCGACGGCGUCCUAGCCGUGGCUGGCCGACGCCACAACGCCAAUGACAUAAUCGCAACAGUUAUCGCAGUUCAGCCCACGAAGAUUGUCUACCGUGGUCGAAUUGCCGUCUUUUCGAUUGAAAUGCUGAAGGACGAGAGGAUCGUGGUGAUUGCCGAACUGCGCCACGGCUUCUCGGAGGAGGCCGCCUUCUCAUGGAUGUCGCAGGUCUUGCAGGCUGUUGACAGUAUUCAUCAAGUCAGUGUCUACGCCCUCGCUCUCGUUCCACAGAAUCAGCUUCCUCGGACGCCUUUCGGCGGAAUUCACGUGCACGAGGUGCGUCGCCUCUUCUCCGAAGGCCAGCUACACCCCAUCAUGCUGCUACUCUGUCCCCAUUCGGCCAUCCAGAACCUGCCUCAGCCACGCACUCAACCGCCCACCAGUCUGGUAGGUGCCUCGGCAAUCCUCGUUGGCCAGGUGGUUCAAGGCGCGCGUAUGGCCGAGGCACAUGGACGAUUCAUCUCCAAUGCUGUUCAUGGCAGCAUGACUGCCCUUGGACCGGGGGCUCCUGAUCUUGGCCCACAAACAGUGACAGAGGUGCUGCUCUGGCGAGCAACCCACACUCCCGAAGACCGUCUCUUUAGUGUUUACAACGCCAAGGGCGCCGUGGUGGCCGGUCUCACAUGUCAUCAGCUGCAUCAGAAGGCCGAGCGGCUAGGCAGCCUGCUACAGGAGAAGGGCAAUGUUAAACCCGGCUCUGUCGUAGCUGUCAUGUUUAUGCCUGGGAUCGAGAUGGUGUGCGCUUUCUACGCCUGCCUGUACAUAGCCGCCAUUCCUGUGCUAGUGCGACCGCCCCAGCAGCCACGUAGUCCAGUCGUCGGUAGCGGAGCCACCGCUGCUUCCUCCACCUCCUCUUCAGCUCUCGGUACCUCCGUCAGCAGUAGUGGUCUCUUCGGUGGCUCUUUGAUAGACCUCUCCGCCAGCCGUACUUCUCUCGAACCCUCUCCACCGCCAGCACAAAUUUGCUUCGCCGACUCCGUCACAAUGGCGUGGAAUGUGGUCUCUUCCGCGCAGGCUGUCGUCUGUCUCACUCAAUCAUCUGUGAUCAAACUCAUUAAGUCAAAGGAGGCCGCAGGCCGCAUCCCCAUGUCUAGUUGGCCUCAGCUUCUUGACUACGAUGAGACGUGGCGGAGGAAGUUGAGUACAGUCUACCUGCCUCACUCGCCCGACACAGAGGUGGCCUAUUUGGAUUUUACACCUUCUACCACAGGUACCCUAACGGGCGUCGAGGUGACUCACGCCGUUGCGAGCGCCCUCUGCCGGGCACAGAAGAUGCAAUGCGAGUUCUACCCGGCGCGUGAGUUGGUGCUCAGUCUGGAGCCCUACAGCGGUCUUUCAGCCAGUCUCUGGCUCCUCACCUCCAUCUACUGCGGUCAUCACUCAAUCCUCGUCCCUCCUCAAGUCACUGAGGUCGCUCCUGAUCUCUGGCUCACCCUGUGCAGUCAAGAAAAAAACUUUACGGUGCUGAUGGCACCAACUCCUCGUCAAUUUCCCCCCGCUUCAUCGCUUACCCUAGCCGUCUGCUUAGGCUUCAUACAGGUACUAAAAGGAGGUCGAGAAGUUCGGGAGGCCUUCUGCUCCUAUGCAACGAUCAAACUGGGAACAAUUUACUCGGCGAAGAUGAUCGCUGCCAUGAAGAUGAAGGAAGUGUCGCUGGAAAAUUUGCGCAAUCUUGUCAUUGUGUCAGAGGAGAGGCCGCGUGUCAAUCUGACUUCCCUCUUCGCAAGAAUGUUCGCCGCGGUUAAUCUCAACCCUCGAGCCGUCAGCACCUCAUUUGGGUGCCGAGCUAACCUUGCCAUUUCACCGGACAUCACGACGGUGUACGUGGAUCGAGUCAGUCUUAGAAACGAUCGAGUCAAUCUGCUGGAGCGUGGAUCUCCCAACAGUCUCUGUCUGAUGGAAUCGGGCAAGCUCCUGCCUGGUGUGCAUGUGGCCAUAGCGAAUCCGGACACUCUGGGCCAGUGCGCGGACUCGCAUCUGGGCGAGAUUUGGGUCUCCUCACCACACAACUCCACUCGCCUCCUCGGUCCCUUCAACAUCAAUACCACUCCACCAACACACGCCACCUCGACCGUGCGUACGGAGUUGUCAAGCACCACCUCCUCCGCUGCUGUGGCCUCCACCUCCGCUGCCUAUGAAAAUGCACCUAUGGACCCCUUGAGAACCCGCUUCGUCGCUGGGGUCACCGACCGUGUCUAUGCUCGAACCGGUUUCUUGGGCUUUGUUCGAAGAACGGAAUUGACUCAGUCUGAUGGAGCCCUUCAUGAUGCGGUGUUCGUUGUCGGAAGCCUGACGGAAAGCAUGAUGCUUCGUGGAAUGCGCUUCUACCCCAUGGAUGUUGAGAAUACUGUGUUGCGUUCCCACAGAAAGAUCAAUGAAUGCGCCGUCUUCACAUGGUCUGAUCUGCUAGUCGUCGUAGUCGAACUCCUGGGCGAGGAAUCUGAGGCUCUAGACCUGGUUCACCCAAUCACAGCAAGUGUGCUGCGCGAGCAUCAGCUGAUUGUGGGGGUGGUGGUGGUGGUGGACCGUGAUACAGUGCGGGUGGAUUUCUACGGAGAAAAGCAACGAAUUCUGCUGCGAGACAACUUUGUAAACGAUGAACUCGAUCCCAUCUACGUCUCCUACAACAUGUGA